AUGGGUGCGCUCGUGGACACCCGCUUUGUAAAGUCCCAGCUCAGACGCUGCCUUUGGUUCCAGAAGGCCCGCAUUGAGACAGAAAGGCCAGCCCUUGAUUUCCAAGUCGCGGACGGAGCGGCUAAUGGCACCUCCUGGGCUUUCUUUGCCCCUGCCAGCCGGGGUCCUCCAAAUCUCCCCGUUCGUCCAGAGAAGGAAUUCUCCCAAAGCCUGGAAGCCAUAGCUGACGUGCUGUAUUUGGGAGCGGCCGGUGGCCUGCCUGAGCUUCGCUUGAUGGUAUUUCCCAAUCUUGGGGAUCUGGACGGCCUGACGAUGCGUGAGCAGAAGGCCCGCUACGAGGCCUUCAGCGUGCCAGGGUUGCGCGUUCAGGGGUUGCAGGCGUUUGCAUUCAGGGUUAGGUGUGUGCAACCUGUUUUUGACACGGAUUCGACAGCAUUUCGCUGUUGCAGGGUUCAUCUAUAUUAA